AGAAGAGUAAAUUAAUAAGAAAAAAAGCUAUAAGUUCUUUUUGCUGAAGGAUGAAGAAUCCAAUCAAGUAGAAGUAGAAGGUUGAUUUUGGUGUUGCAAAGUAAUCGAUCAAAGGGAAAUGCUUGUCUGUGCAGCGAGCUCAGGUGUGACUCACACUCCUCCACACUCUUCGCUCAGCUUCUGCUAUUCCAACGCCAAAUCCCACCGAAUUUUCUCCAAUUCCGUCAGCCUCCCUAUCACGCACAACGACAACCCUACCUCCGAUUCCGAUGACGCCCUCCGCCUCACCGUGCCUUCUGCCGCCGCUGUUGCCUCCGCCAUUCGCAAGGCCUCCACCUCCCCCGUCCAGUUCACCCAGACCCUCCAGACCGAUCGCCAAACCGGACUCGUGCUUCCCAGCACUGACUUCCAUCGACUCUGUCUCCACCAGCUUCACCUCUUUCGCAGGAUCGUUCCCGAAGCCCUACUCUCGGUGUAUGUUAGACCAGCUGGUAGUUAUGUGAUGGAUCGGUUGGAGCUUCGACGGGUUGCACUGUACCCUGGAGAUGCAGAGUCAGAGGGCAUUGUCAUUCUUGUGGGUCAUUUUAGUAUUCCUGCGGGCUUGCGUACUGCUGAGGCCACACUUUCCAAUUUGCAAGUUAAUGUUGUCCCUGAAUGCAAGGCUGUCGUUCUUCCGAUGGUGAAACACCCAUUUGUUGUUGGUUUCUUGGUUGCUGAGCUUCCAGUGGUGGAGGAGGAACAGUGUCAGAAAGCUCAAAGUGAGGGUCCAGAUAUCCACACGUCUGUUGAGGAAGCUUAUUCGUUGCCUCCCUUCUUGGAUUUAGACAAGAAGUCGAGGGAAAUUCAGACCCUUCGGGUCAAGGACGAAAAAGUUGGUAUGCGUAACUUCACUUCUGAGCAAAGAUCAAAUGCUGUCAACAUUUCACAGUCUCUUGCUAUGGCAUAUGUGAUGGAUCAGAAAGCAAUGUUACUUCAGCAAUCAACAUGGCAGAAUAAUGUCAGAAUGGGUAAUCUGGUUGAGCAAAUCCGUGGUCCACUUUCCAGUAUUCAAACCUUAAGUAAAAUCCUGUCUGCACAGACAAAGAGAACUCAGAUUUCAUAUGACAUUGUUGAAGACCUCUUGGUGCAAGGUAAUCGGUUGAGGGACGUUCUCCAACAACUACAGGAUGCUGUUUAUUUGACAAAGAAUAAUAUAGUGCGCUACAAUGAAGAAGCAAUCAAGAAAAUGAAUGGUUCUACCCACAUACUUGCUGAAUCUGCUAGAUCUCAAUUGCUAGAUAACUCCCCAGGGGAUGACGUCUCUUCAAAUAAAAUGAAAAACUCUAGUGAGUCACUUUCUCUAACUGCUGCUGUCUACGAUAUAGAGAUGCCACUACCACCUUUGGCUCUUGCUCCAUUGCAACAUGGAAUCAGAUCAUGCAAUGUUUCUGAAGUAUUGACAGAAUUAGUUGAUUCAGUUAGACCACUUGCCCAGAGUCAAAAACGUUUGGUGGAACUAAGUGAACUCUCAUCACCUUUGCUAGCUGCUGUAGAAGAACCUGCACUGCGCCAGGCUUUCAGCAAUCUUAUUGAAGGUGCUUUACUACGGACGAAUGUUGGAGGAAAGGUUGAAAUUGUAUCUACUGCAGCACCAGCUGGUGGCACCCUUGUACUUAUUGAUGAUGAUGGUCCUGAUAUGCACUACAUGACUCAGAUGCACUCACUCACACCUUAUGGACAAGAACUGUUGUCUGAUGGUAUGAUUGGACAAUAUGACUUGGAACUUUGUUGCUGGGAUGACUGUUGCUCGUGAGAUACUAGAAAGCUAUGGCUGUGUCGUCCGUAUCGUUUCACCUCGGAUUAAAGAUGCUCCUCUGGGAGCUGGGGGAACACGUCUAGAACUCUGGCUUCCUUCAACUGCAAAAUCUGAUUUGAGCAGCCACACCCAAGAGGGUAUAGCAUGAGU